AUGACCAGCUCCCCCUCCACCCCCGACAUCUCCUCCCUGUCGCUCGCUUCCAAGCCCUCCCAGCAACGUCUUCAUGACUCUUACGAAUACGAAGGCAACUCAGGCGGCAGUGGCAAGAGCCCGUACCACUUCCAGACCUCCCCGCCCAUCCCUGCGCAAUCCCAGUACAGCCCGCUCGGCGGCUUGGGCCAGUCUCCGCUCAAGAACAGGCCAGUCCUCCGUGGAGGUCUUCCCUCUCAAUGGCUCGACAACGCUAACAUGGGCGACAACCGCUCGCUUUCUCCCCACAACAACUCAGAUCUGUCCUCUUCCGGGGGAUCGCCGCCUCCUGGGGCCAUGCAGCCUCCCGUCACACCCGGCACCCCCAGCCUUGGUGCAGACGACGAGAUCAUACCCACCGCAAUCGUCAUCAAGAACAUACCUUUCAAUGUAAAACGCGAGACGCUGCUUGAUAUCAUCUCAUCGCUGGCGAUCCCGACGCCCUACGCAUUCAACUAUCAUCUCGACCAGUCGGGCCAGUUCCGCGGUCUCGCGUUUGCCAACUUCCGCCAGUCGACGGACGCAGACGCAGUCGUCGCAGCGCUGAACGGGUUCGAUGUGCAAGGCCGCAAGCUGCGCGUGGAGUACAAGAAGGUCCUGCAGGCGGGCGAGAAGGAGCGCAUCGAGCGGGAGAAGGCGAUCCGGCGCAUGAAGUCCAUGCAGCUCGAGAAGGAGCAGCAGGCCCUCGCGCACCAGGCGACGACCCCCUACGACGAGUUCGGGCAGGUCCUGCCCUCGCCAUUCACGCCGCAGCGGUCGUUCUCCGCCUCGAGCGUGUACCAGAGCCAGGCGUUCUCGCCGUCGGCGGGUCUGCCGCCCAUGCCCAUGCCGACGCCCCAGUCGUUCAACAUCUCGACCCCGCCGAUCGGCCAGCCCAUCACGCCCGGCGCGCUCAAGGGGGCCUCCGCGGAGCUCGACCUCAACGACCCGGCGACGCUCGAGAUCUACUCGCGCAUCCUGCUCUUCAAGGACGACCCGAUGCGGGACGAGCUCGCGUUCUCGCGCACGCUGACGCCCAAGCAGCGGCGCGUGGUGCACCUCGUCGCGCAGAAGCUCGGCGUGUACCACUAUUCGGUCGGCGAGGGCGAGGAGCGGUACGCGGUGGUGACGCGGAUUGACCCCAAUGCGUCCCCGGGCCCGCGCCAGUCGCUCUCGCGCGCGCCGUCGUCGUACCUGUCGGCCACGUCGUCGCAGGCGCCCAAUUCGCUGCGCGUGAAGAAGUCGAUGCCGGACAUGAAGUCGCUGCAGUCGGCCGCGGCGCCGCGGCUGACGACGCGCGCGUCGAACGGGAACAUCCGCGAGGGCUACGCCACGAUUGCCUCGCCGUCGCGCCGCUCGCCGGGCGCGUUCGCCGCGCUCUUCGCCAACGGCGGCGCGUUCGGGAGCAACGGCAUCCCGCCCGUGCCGAACCUGCCCUCCAGCGUCGCGGGGAUGUCCAGCCCGCUGGAGAGCCCGGGCGGCGUGCUCAGGCAGCCGCGCGGCCCCGGCGUGGUCGGGUUCGAGAGCAGGCGGGAACGGCGGGAGAGUCAGACGGGCAACGGCGGGCAGGGCGGGUUCGAGGCGCGCUCGCACGAGCCGCUGGAGAUCUGA